UCCCGUACGUCCUUCCCACCCUCCCGUACCGGCGCCAUGGCGGAGCCGGGCCCCCGCGGUGACGGCGGAGACGGGGAGUUACUGAGCAGCGGGAGCGAACGGCGGUGCCGGGAGCGGCUGGCGGCGGCGGGGGGGGCAGCGGCGGCGGCGGCGGUGCUGGUGCCGCUGUGCUCGGUGCGGGGCCGCCCCGCGUUGCUCUUCACGCUCCGCUCCCGCCGCCUCGGCGGGGCCCACAGCGGGGACGUCAGUUUCCCCGGGGGGCGGCGGGAUCCGGCGGACGGUGACGCGGUGGCCACGGCGCUGCGGGAAACGCGGGAGGAGCUGGGGCUGGCCCUGGGUGCCCCGAGCGUUUGGGGACAGCUCCGGCUGCUGCCCGACCGGAAGGGACAGAUGGUGGCUCCCGUCGUGGCCAACCUGGGGGCCCUGGAGGACUUGAGGCUGACCCCCAACCCUGAUGAGGUAGAGGAGAUCUUCACCCUGCCGCUGGCUCAUCUCCUGCGAGAGGAGAACCAGGGCUACACCCACUUCCGCACCGCCGGCCGCUAUGGCUACACCCUGCCCGUCUUCCUCAACGGCCCCCACAAGGUGUGGGGGCUGACGGCCAUCAUCACCGAGCUGACCCUGGAGCUGCUGGCGCCCGGCCGCUACCGCAGGAAGACCCACAUGCCGACCUGCAGCCCCGCGGCAAGCUCGGCUUGAGGGGUCAGGGUGGCCCCCUGGGCCUGCCCUGGGUGUCAGGGUGGUGCUUUUGGGCUGGGGGGGUUGCGUAUAAGCAGAGGGUUCCCUGGCUUGUUUUUGGCUGCCUGUAACCUGGCGUCGCUCCGCAAACGGCGAUGGGGAAAAUGCACUGAUUUCCACCCCCAGCCCUCGGUGCUGCUGUCACCUGGUGCGAUUGAGUAAAAAGCCAUGUUUGGAA